AUGGUUGAAGAUGGCAGACACGAGAAAUGGAAGAGUCCCAGCUUGGAUAAUGACAUGGUGGACCGUCUUGGAGACAACACCCGAUCGCUCAAGGAAAUUAUUGAAGACAUCCAAGUGAUUAUCACCAAUCUACAAAAAGGCCUGGAAUGCUUCAACUGCUUGGAUGAAGAAAAGCAACACGAUGAGCGACUCAAGGACACAGUAAGAAGGGUGAGAGAUCGCAUAGUCAUCCUUUUUGACAAGUCCAAGUUCGAAAAAUGGACCGGUGAACUCCGAGACAGCAACAACGACCUCAAGCUCCUCCGUGAGCAGAUGGGUGAACUUUGCAAGCCCAUGACGCGUACGCGCCCAUUCCUGCAUUAUCCGUAUUCCGUCCAGAAACUGCACAAGCACACUUUCAAUUACUACCUGAACACGAGGCAAGCUUCCCAAGCACUUCACAAGGCAUUUUGCACUGCCUGGUCAACACCGGACUCAGCCCAUUUUCGACACAUGGUCAGGCUUUUCCUCGAGACUAAACGUCCUGAUGAAGUCCAGUUAGAUUUGACUAUUUCAUGUCUUGAGAACGAAUCCAAGCCAGAGAAAGGGAAGAAUACACCAUUAACCGCGUUUUCGAUACCCAGUCUGGUACUGGCAAACAUGAUCACCGUCCACGUCAAAUCAACGGCCACAAUGAUCCUAAGCCCGAGUUUCUUUGCGACGUGUCCGGAUUUCGACAAGACCUCUCGAAAGCGGCGGCGUGUUGUAGGAUUUGCAGAUGAAGUUGCCAGCCAAAGUAUAAGCGAUUUGACGUUGACGGAAUCGUCAAGCGCAAUGGUCUUGGACCUUCAAAACACCCAGCAUUUCUGCUCGAAACUGCUUCCUAAGGAUGCCCACCAUCACUCGGGACUUGUUCGGAAAAGAUGUCAUGAAGAAAAAGCCCACACUGCUACGUGUAUUGGAUAUUUGGACUCGUGGGCCCAUAACGAGUAUCGACACUCAUUCUUCCCAUGUUGCGAGGGCGUCUGCAAUCCAAGCGUCUGCAAGAGGGAUAUUAAAUCUUCGGGACUGACGCGAAUGGAUGAAAUACUCGCACGCCCUCGCAGUGAGGAGAUCUCUGUUCCCGAGCAACUUCAGCUAGCAUUGCGUCUAGUCUCUGCUGUAUUGCGAUUCAAUUCAACACCGUGGCUCGGGGAAUGUUGGGGCUUGCAGGACCUGUACUUCUUCGAACAGGACUCUGACCUUGCUGCCUCAUUGAAGACACUGCAUAUAAGUGUUGAUUGGUCACAGAGAUCUGCAGGAGAACUUAUGGAAGUGGACACAGCUGGCGACUUAAAGUCCUUUGAAGACGCAAAGUUAGUCCAUGGGAUUCACAAUGCUACGGUUUACAACCUUGGUGUGGCAUUGCUGGCCAUCGGGCGUUGGGCUCGCGUUGACUCGAAUGAUGUCCUGCAAGUUCGGCGGAUGGCAUCUCAAGCAUGUCCACUUGGUCCGAAGUAUCAAGAGAUGACCCAGAAGGUUCUCGAGUGCGACUUUGGCUGUGGCAAAGACCUGAGCAAGCCUCAAUUACAACAGGCUAUAUACGAUGGGAUUAUGCUUCAGCUGGAGUCCAUGAUAUCGAGCCUUAGCAUAUAG